AUGGCAAAAACAGUAUUCAUCACUGGCGCGAAUUCUGGUGUUGGUUUGGCUGCAACCAAGCUGUUUCUCUCGAAAGGCUGGAACGUUGCAGCUACAGCUCGAGAUACGUCUUCCCCAGCCCUCCAAGCGUUGGACGAGGGAUCGGGAUCUCUCCUUGUCCAGUACCUUGAUUUGUCCAAGGCCCAGACCUUUGGGCCAGCCAUCGCGGGAGCUACCGGAAAGUUUGGCCAGAUCGACGUCCUUGUCAACAAUGCAGGAUACGGCCAAUACGGCGUCUUGGAGCAACUGGACAUUGAUGCCAUCCGGGACAACUUUGAAGUCAACGUUUUCGGGACCAUGGGCCUCAUCAAAGAAUUCAUCCCUCACAUGCGCGCGACAAGUCAGGUAGAAUCACCUUCCCGUAUCAUCUAUGUUGGGUCAGGCGGAGGGCAUUUUGGGCUGCCACUCAUCGGACCCUAUGGAGCCAGCAAAGCAGCCAUGAACAUUUUCAUGGAGUCGCUGGUGUACGAGAUGGAGGGUGUGAACCCCCCUAUCCGGGUGAAGCUGGUCUGUCCACAUGGCGGCAUCAGCGAGACCAACUUUGGGCAGACGUCGAUGCAGAUGGCAGGAUUGGACAAGAUGACGCCAGAGAUCAAGGAGAGAUACGGCGCCUUUGUCGAGAGGACGCUCCAGCGGUUCGGCGCCAUGCGGGGCCAGAGCAUGGCGGCGUCGGAGGCUGCCAUGACGAUUUGGACGGCGGCUACGGAGGAUUCGACAAAGCUGAGAUACUUUGUUGGGCCUCGCGACGGGGGGAAGAACCUUGAGCGCAGGAUGCAGGGUGGUGAGGCUGGGGAGGACGCUGACGAGGUGGACAAGAGAUACAUGGAUGGGAUGAGAGGCACGUUUCUGUGA